AUGGCGGAGAGCAGCAAAAGAAGUGCACCCAGCGCCGAUACCUGUGAACCACGGAAGCGCGGAAAAUACACCCAAGUUGCUUGUAACGAAUGCAAGCGUCGAAAGCUCAAAUGCAGUGGCGGAGAUGUCUGCAAGAGAUGCGCAUCAAACGGCAUGACUUGUGUAUAUGCCUUGCAAAGUCUCCCGACGCAGACAAGAACUGCACGGCCACCGGCUGCAGAUCAAUCUUCUUGGAGAUUCAAAACGUUGGAAACCCGCAUGUUGGCAAUGCAGAAGCAGCUGGAUCUUAUGUCCGCUGAAAUUGGAGUCCUACAAAAGAGGUCGUUGCAGCCGCUUUAUCAACCCAUCAAGACUUCAUCUAGUAGCAGUAAUCCUGCUGAUGCUCGAUGGACAAAUCGGGCUCCGGUGUCUCCAAGCUAUAUCGGCCCUACUAGUAGCGAAUUCGGUCUUAAUGUCCCCGAUGAUGCACCGGAGUUGGAUGAAACGCAAGCGUCGGACAAUGUACAGAUAUCAGUAUCAAACAGCCCAAGUGCAGUUCCUCCAGAAGAGGAACAAGGCAAUAUCAGCAUCUCCUCAACCAAUCCCCUACUGUCACUCGCCGAAACUGACGUGCUACGGCUUGUCGAUAUAUACGAGGAAGCUGCUGGCUUGAUGUAUCCUGUGGUCGACCUCGAAAGCAUUCGAGAAUACAUUGUUGACUUUUAUCGUCAGCACCUGGAUGGAUCUGCUGACCAUUUAUGCGCUCCCCAAAAUGGCAACGAAGCCUGGUGGUUCUCCGCGCGUGAUAGCGAAGUUCUGAAAAUUGUCCUCGCUCUUGCUCUAAUCUCUGAGUCGAAUGGCAAAAGCGAGCUAGGAAAUGUUCUUGCUGCAAAUGUUGAGAAUAACUUUGCCUCAACGCGGACACAGGUGCCUGAGGUUGACAUGAAGGAAUUGAUCAUCCUCACAUUGGUGGCUCUGUAUCAUUCUUUUCGAGAUGAUGAUGUGUUGGCAUGGCGAACAAUUGGCUUAGCAGCUCGCGGGGCCGUACAAAUGGGCUUGCACAGAUACGACACAUGGCUGAGAACCGGAGGGAUAUUUCCAGGAGAUUUGGAGCGUUCUUGGGCGAUCAAUCUCUUUUGGUGUAUCUAUGUCUUUGACAAAGAAUUCUCGUUUGAGACUGGCCUGCCGUUUGCCAUGCGAGACUCGGAAAUGGAUGCAACCCUUCCCGAACCGACCCACAACCAUACAUAUCUAAGAUGUAUGAUUUCAUACUGCCGCGUUGGAGGCAAGAUUUGGGAUUUGAUGGUUGGCUGGGGUAGCACAGCAAUAGAAGUAUCCUCAAUUACCGAAGCCCACCUCAAUCAUCAAAUACAUGAAUGGGAGGAAUCAAUACCACCUGAGCUCCGUUUGAAGGUCCAUUCCGAAGACUCUGUCAUUUCGGCGAGAGAUGCUAGGCUUGUGACACCGCAGAUCCUCCUACACCUGCGAGCGAACCAGAUGAGAAUCCUUGUCUACAAACAAAACCUCCUCAGCACAGAUGCAAUUAAACGGAAUUUGAAAGGAGCAGAAAUUGCAGUAGCAAAUGCGAAAAAUACCAUACAGGCGCUCGAACUCGGCGACGUCUCAAAAAUAUUUAGUCACCGACCGCAGCCAUUCAACCGGUUUCUGUUUUCGGCCCUUGCAACUUUAUUUCUCGCCAUGUUUCACUUCCCAGAGGGCUUUAGGAACGUAUGCCUUGACAAUUUCUACGAUGCAUUGGAUGCAUUGAAACGAUCAUCCACUCGUGGAAAGCAUUCGCGACGACUUCAAAAAGUCAUGAAGAACCUCAAACGAAUCAAUACCAAUAAUCCGACCAAUAGGCAGGAGGAGUUCGUUCAAGCGAGAGCACGAAGUAGUCGGUCUAUUGCUGUAGAGAAGGACCCCGAGAUGACACCGACUGCGCAGCUCAUGGACGUUAACACUUCACUUUAUGCUAUUCCGCCAACCUUGGUCAACGGAAACACGCCAGUGGAUGACUACAGCGAUCUCACCAACUUUUUCGAAUUCGCCGGGGACUGUUUCAUGGAUGACCACACUGAUCAAAUGAAUAACAUCUCAACCGAAGCACCAACACAACAAUACCAGAACUUUGUGGAUAUGUUCCAAGCUGAAAACGAAACAUUGACUCGAUUGAUGGCUGGACUGUUGUAG